GCCAAGAGAGAAACCGUGUGACCCGAGUCAGCACGGCCAAUCUGAACCGGAUCGGAGCCGCACAAGCGCUGACAUCGCGAGUUCCCACCCCAGCACAGACCCUGGAUAUGGCUACGUCUAUACUUGGGGAAGAGCCACGGUUUGGAACGACACCUCUAGCGAUGCUGGCUGCAACUUGCAACAAAAUCGGUAACACUAGUCCUCUCACAACUCUGCCCGACUCCAGCGCGUUUUCCAAAGGUGGAUUUCAUCCGUGGAAAAGGUCCUCCUCCAGCUGCAACUUAGGAUCCAGUUUGCCCGGCUUCACGGUCGCGACGAGCCGCGCGUCCACGGGACUACCGGCGAGCAGCGGCGGCGCCGGCGGCAGCGCCUUCUGCCUGGCCUCCACCUCCCCGACCUCCUCGGCCUUUUCCACCGAGUACAGCGGCCUGUUUUCCAACUCCGCGGGCGUCACGAGUACGCAGGAGUCGGGCCAGUCCGCCUUCAUCUCCAAAGUGCACACGUCUGCGGAGAGCCUGUACCCGCGGGUGGGGAUGGCGCACCCGUACGAGUCGUGGUACAAGUCCGGGUUCCACUCCACCAUCUCCGGCGACGUGGCCAACGGCGCGUCCUCGUGGUGGGACGUGCACACGAACCCGGGCUCGUGGCUGGACGUGCAGAACCCGGCGGGCUCCCUGCAGACCUCGCUGCACACCGGCACGCCCCACCAGGCGGCCAUCCACUCGCAGCUGAGCGGCUACAACCCGGACUUCUCGUCGCUGACGCACUCGGCGUUCAGCUCCACGGGCAUCAGCCCGUCCGCCUCCCACCUGCUGUCCACGGGCCAGCACCUGCAGCUGACGCAGGACGGCUUCAAGACGGUCAUCCCCGCCUACACGGACGCUUCUUCCGCCGCCAACGCCAUGAUCUCGGCGGGGGGCGGCUCGGGCAUCAGCGGCUCGUCCAGGUCGUCCCGCCGGUACUCGGGCAGGGCGACGUGCGACUGUCCGAACUGCCAGGAGGCGGAGCGGCUGGGGCCCGCGGGGGCCAGCCUGCGCAGGAAGGGCCUGCACAGCUGCCACAUCCCCGGCUGUGGUAAAGUGUACGGGAAGACGUCGCACCUCAAGGCGCACUUGAGGUGGCACACCGGCGAGCGGCCUUUUGUCUGCAACUGGCUUUUCUGUGGCAAGAGGUUCACCCGCUCCGACGAGCUGCAGAGACAUUUACGCACGCACACGGGCGAGAAACGCUUCGCCUGCCCGGUGUGCAACAAGCGCUUUAUGCGCAGUGACCAUUUGAGCAAGCACAUCAAAACGCACACGGCGGGCGGAGGAGGCAAAAAGGGCAGCGACAGUGACACCGACACCAGUAACCUGGAGACGCCGCGGUCCGAGUCCCCGGAACUCAUACUGGACGGGGUGAACCCCAGAAUUAAGGAUCCGUCUUCUCACGACGAGCCCUGAGGCUCCAAAAAAAAAACAAAAAAAAAAACGAGGAAAAAAAAGCAGCUUCAAAACCUGCUCUGAGAUUAAAACGGGUCCCAUUUGAAAGACAAUAAAAGGAGAAAAUAUCUCAAGAGGUGAUUUCAAAAACUAAAAAGAAAUACAUAUAUAUAAAUAUACAUAUAAAUUCUCCAUGGUCAUGCUGAGCAUUUCAUUCUUAAAUUCAUCUAAGGAAAAAAAAAUAAUAAUGAUGAAAAUAAGUGAAUCAUUUUACUUGUUGGCCUUGGGGGAUUUUCAGAUGGGCCUAAAUAGACUUCCGCUCGCAAAAGAACUGGAUGUCUGGCUGAAGGUGCGCGGAACCUGUUGAACUUUGAUUGGACAAUGUGAGUCGCAUCUUGUAUAUUGACCACUAAACUCUGUGUUAUUUUCAUGUAAAUGUUAGGCUAUGAUUGUUUCAUCGGUGUUGUUAUCCUGGAAAUCAGGGAGUUUACUUUGGACGCACUUUGUGGAUAUGUAUGUAAUACAGCUUUUUUUUUUUUUAAACUUUGGUUAACCAUUUUAUUUCUUUGCUAAAAAAAAAAUAUCUAUAUAUAAAUGUUUACCUGUAUAAAGUCACACGUAUGAGGCUUUCAUUUUAUCGUAAUUAAAACGUCUGAAAAAAAAGGCUUUUACUGUGUGAUGUAGAUUUUAUAUGUGUUUGUUAAAAUUUAAUAUGACAAAUAUAUAAGCGUUAA